AUGCGAGAACGUAUGUUGCAACUUGUGAUAGAUGCCAAAGAACAGAUUACGUAUCAAGAUGGGUUGAAUCCAUUCCUACAAGGAACAAUGAUGCUUGAACGGAAAUUUUCCUUGUUACUGGAAAAAUGUGGUGUAACUGAUGAAACAGAAGAUGCAUUAUGGGCAUAUCGAACGGCGUUCAAAACGCCAAUUCUUACAUUCCCAUACAGAUUAGUCUUUGAAAAAGCUUGUCAUUUAUCAGUUGAGCUUGAACAUAAGGCCUUGGCAGUAAAAGUAUUAAAUUGUGGACUAACUGCUACCGCAAAGAACGGGUUUAUGCAGGCUAUAGCCUUUUCCUCAUCUAUUGCUGCUUCGGAGGAGAUUCUCGAAGAUGUCAUUCUGAAGAUCGAAAUGGGACCCCCGAGGAAACGGUUCUCGCAGAUGUCACUCUCGAGAAUGUACUUCCGAAAGUAG